UCCAACCGGAAGUUAGAUAGCGCCCAGUACCAGUUUAGUUGAUGCUGCAGCUAACAGCAAAGUUGUCUUCGGAACCGCAAAGAAAGGCGGUCUGGGUCUUCUUUUCUGACAUUUUAAUGUUGUCGACCUUCUGCUGGUGGGUUUCACAGAGGUCGAGAUGAAUCUAGAUUUGAGCGCUGAAUCCCGUCUGAAGGAGAAGAAACAGCGGAGUUCGCCUGCAAAAUCCCUUUAAAAGCUUUCAGCGGUUUGUUUUUAGCUUCAUCUGUUUUUACCAGCGGUUCGGUUAGUGGUCGGGUAUAAGCGAGUUUACGUGGUGAAAUCAUGGCGUUCUUCGUGAAAAAGAAGAAAUUCAAGUUUCAGACCCAGCUGACCCUGGAGGAGCUCACCGCUGUGCCUUUCGUCAACGGGGUUUUGUUCUGCAAACUGCGGCUGCUGGACGGAGACUUUGUCGCUACUUCUUCCAGAGAGGAAGUUCAUGAGAACUGUGUCCGCUGGAGGAAGAGGUUCACCUUUGUGUCGAAGAUGAGCGCCAACCCUCACACCGGGGUGCUGGAUCCGUCCGUCUGCAGGGUCUCCGUCAGGAAGGAACUGAAAGGAGGAAAAGCGUAUUCGAAGCUGGGCUUCACAGACCUCAACAUGGCCGAGUUCGCCGGUUCCGGCUCCACGGUGCGCUGCUGUCUGCUGGAGGGAUACGACACCAAGAACACGCGGCAGGACAACUCCAUCCUGAAGGUGAUCAUCGGAAUGACUCUUCUUUCUGGAGAUCCGUGCUUCAAAACCGCUCCAAGCACAGCAAAGUCCAUCUCCAUCCCCGGACGGGAACACACCCUGCAGCUGGACUGCAAGGGGGAGGGGACGGCCGAGGGAACCGGGCCAGCUGGAGGGGUUUCUCUGGGCCGGGCCUCCAAGCCUCGGCCUUCCAUCAUCAGCUCGGGCCUGCUGGACGACUCCGAGCCGAACCAGAACCACUCCGGUCCGGCAGAAGUCUUCCAGUCCGGCCAUUCUCGUAACUCCAGCUACGCCAGCCAGCAGAGCAAAAUCUCAGGCUACAGCACCGAGCACUCCUGCUCCUCCAGCCUGUCGGACCUCACGCAUCGCAGGAACACCUCGACAGGAAGCAGCGCCUCCGGAGGCCUCUGCUUCACCGGCGACCCGCCACCAGAGGGCGACAAGGACGCUGGACGUCCGGAGAGACCCCCCCGCCCCCCGCGGCCCGUUCUGCCCCCAAGCCGACCCCUGAGGAGGAAGCAGGACUCGGUGGAGAGCCACCCCACCUGGGUCAACGACACCCGCAUCGAUGCCGACGACAUCGUGGAGAAAAUCGUCCAGAGUCAAAACUUUGCAGAUAUCAACCACACCGAAGGUACAGAGGGAGCGUUUCUCUGGCUUCAGAGGAGUUACAGCAGCGUUUGCAACACGGUUUAAUCUUUCCACACCAUCACUGGAGGGUUUUAGAUACGAGAGGGUGGAGCGUGUCCCAAAUGUCACAACUCUGAUGAAACUCAAACUUUCAACCCGCAGAACUCCGCCUGUUGCAAGACUUCUCAAACAAAAGUGAUCCAGUUUGAUCCAGUCCAGGCUGGAUUUAACACGACUGACGGCAGAGAUUUAUGUAGUUAUAAAAUAAUGGCUCCAUUUUAACUAAAACCUCUGAUUUUAAACUUUCUUUCAGGAAAAUGUGUGGAAGCACAGAGUGGAUAUUUUCUACAUAUCCUUAGUGGUUUUAUUCCAGAUAUCUGAUUCGUUCCUCAUCUCGAGAUAUGAUUGGUGUGUGUUGAGCCUGAUUCUCGUUUUUUCAAGAAAACCAUCUGGAAAUUAACUUAUCCCAAGAAAAUCACUGGGAAAAGAUUUAUGCAAAAAUGUUGGCUCUCUGGUUCCUCUUGACACUUUUCUUCAAAAAUCAGAGUUGGAACUGCCCCCGAUGUCCAUGUGAUAUUGCAGAGUCGCGUGAGCCAACAGAA